GUUCGAACUUGAUAGAAUUCACAUCACUUCCUUUAUUUUUAGUUUUCACCCUUAGUGCCUUCUUUUCCCCCUUGUCUCACCAUGAUCUCGUCUUUCGCUGGCCGCCUGCGUAGUGCUACUGUUAGUGCUCCAAAGAGUGGUAGUGAAAAAGCCUCGUCGAGACGCCUCACUGCUGAUGGUGCAAUCGAAGCAUCAUCCUCUCCUUCCUCGUCCUCCUGGUUUCCUGAGACAAGAUCCACGAUUACUACUGAACCACUUCCGGAAAAAAUUGAUGGCUUUGGUUCAACUGUUUAUCUCGAUUACGACACGCACGACCCACCCCCGAAACCAGCGGGGACCACGCGCUUUAUCUGCAUCAGUGAUACCCAUUCUCAGACGUUUCCCGUCCCGGAAGGGGAUGUCCUGCUUCACUCUGGCGACCUUAGCGGCCACGGACGGCUUGAGGAUCUUGUCAUCACGCUGGACUGGCUGGAAACCCUGCCGCAUAAAAUAAAAAUAAUCAUCGCCGGCAAUCAUGAUCUCGUAUUACACAAGGAGUGGUACGAAGAACACAAGCACGAGUUGAAACGUAAGAACUGCCAUAUGGAGGACCCCGAUAAGGCUAUUGCAUUUGUGCGAAGCAAGGCUGAGUCGAAGGGAAUCAUCUAUCUUGAGGAUGAAUUAUACAAAUUCCGGCUUGACGAAGGGCGAAAGGAGUGGUCUGUAUGGGGCUCUCCAUGGUCUCGAAAAUUUGGAAACUGGGCGUUUGGCUAUGCACCACUUGACGCUGAGGAAAUUGUAUCACGUAUCCAGCCCUGCGAUAUCCUUCUCACCCACGGACCUCCUUUUAACAUCCUUGACCGUACAAUUUUUCGUGACGAAAGUGUUGGCUGCCCUACCCUUGCUAAUAGGUUAACAUCUCUGAAACCGCGACUCCACGUUUUCGGCCACAUUCAUGAAUCCCACGGUGCUGUAUUGAAAGUCUGGGAGUCACCGGAAUCCCCUAGUGGAAAGAGUUCAUUGCGAAAUUCGAUUGCGAGCGGAACAAGUCGACUGAGGAAGAGCCUUUUUACGCGUUUGAAAAGCUCUCAAGAGGCUACAAUUGUGGGCCAAGACAUCAAGGAAGCUGCUAAUACAGUGGCGGCCACUGUGCCACCACCAUACGCGCAGCUGUCUAUGUCACAACUGACGCCUUCUGCUAUGCCUCUCAAUGGCAAUGCACCUCAAGUACACCAAGCAGGCUCAACUCCACGACGAGCUCCCACUUCUAUCAGUCUCCCAUCCCGUUCAACUUCCCCAAGUGUGCUGUCAUCACAUCGACGCGGCUCAACAUCACCGAGAGAUGUUGUCACUGAGACAGUCUUUGUGAAUGCUGCUAACGCACCUAUGGGGCCUCGUGGGCGAAAUCCUGAAGGCAGGCAAGUCCAAUUUGGUCAAGGUGCAUUUUGUCCAGUCAUCGUCGACUUGACAGACUGAAGGGUCUGAAAGACCGAAUGGACAAUUGCAAGUCCAUUAACUUCCUCAAUCUUCUUGGUUUGCUGCAGUACUUCCGGCCUCUUGACACGCUUGAAAAUCACCACUGUAUCUGUAGCUUGGCCAUUUCAUGCGUCCACGAAUAGAGCACAUAGAGCCAAGAUGGGCCAUCUCAUGACCACGACAUAUUGUAUAUAUCUGCAUCACAAUGUCUCCACUCCAAUCUAUGAUCCUGACAGCA